GGGGCUCUUGGUUUGAUCAUGUUGCUAUUGUAUGCUCACAAAAGAUGAAUUUGACAUCCUUCCUUGAGAUAUGAAGAUAUGAUCAAGGACACACGAGGCGCAGUUGUCAGGAUAUCAAACUUCUUGGGAAAAAAGCUGGAUGACCAAACCAUUGACACAAUCGUGGACAAAUCCUCCUUCAAGAACAUGAAGGAAGACCCACAGGCUAGACGUGAUAAACAGCAUCCAGAAUUUUUUGAACAAAGUGGAUCCUUUAUUAGAAAAGGGAAGGUUGGGGACUGGAAGACUAUGUUCACUGUGGCCCAGAGUGAGAGGUUUGACCAGAUCUACAUGGAGAAGAUGAAAGACGUGCCUCUUGAAUUUGACUGGGAGCUGUGA